GACAUGCCCCUUGGGGUGACCCACUUUUGUGGGAAAGGGAGGACCUAACGGACCACCACACACGCGCGCGCGCCGUCCGACCGAUCGGUUGGUUGGUUACUUGGUUGGUUCACUUGAGACUAUAUAUAUAUUUUUUGGAGAAAUUCCGAACGAAAUUAAUUAUCUAAUAAUUAAUUAUUAAUCGGUUAUUCUGAGGAAUAUUCUAAGGAUUUAUCUUAACCGACGGUUUUAAUUAAGGAAGUAAUUAGCUCCUAUAAAUAGCUGCCUCCCCAGCUCCUCUAAACACAUCACAACGAGCAUAAACACAAUAGAGAGAGUGUUUAGAGAGCUCCAGUUUUCGCACAAAACCGCGAGUAUUGAGAGGAACUGUUUUAUCCUGGAGACGACUGGUUGAUAGUCUAUCGUGCGCAUCGAAGGCAGUGUCGCAAACGUCUUAAAGAGAGCGACCUAGUCCGCGACUCAGCUCCAGAUUCGGUAGCCUCGUUCUUGUUGUUGUUUCGUUCCUAACAAUCAAUAACUACAAUUAUUAUUAUACUACUCCUACAACCAGGGGUGAUAAAACGGUUAUGUUGUUAAUCUUUAAAUCGCUAACUGCAUCGUUAACCGAUAAUUAAUUGUUAAGUCGUUAACCGCUAAGGAGAAUGCGAGUCGUCUAACAAAAAUUUGAAAUUCCUUAUCGGUUACUAAGUCAUUAAAUGAUUAAAGAACCGACAAGAAUUGUUAACCACUCAAACCCCCCCCCCCCCCCCCCCCCCCCCCCGCCCGGCCACUAUGCACUCGUUGACUCCAAUCUCCUCGUUUUCUCGGCUUAGAAAAAAAGAACGAAAGACAGUCUGCAAACCACGAAUCGCUUGUCGCUGCCCUCAGCCCUCCUCUUAUGUUUUACUCAGAUGGAUAAGAGUGGAGAAGAGGUGACGGCCAGGGUUCAACUUUUUUUUCAUACAUUCUCUAAAAAAGACAAUUAUGCCACGUGCCUUUUGCCAAAUUCACAAACCUACGACCAAUCUCUUUUUCAAAACGGUAGGAGUUUAACCGUUAACUACAUCGACAAUUAACGAUUAAUCGAUGACUCUUGAUAGAUCGACUAACAAUAAUUAUUUUCUGGUUGAUGAAUAACACUAUUAGCCUCAUUUUUAAUUAACCGUUAACCGCUAACUGACCCGACUAUCACCCCAUUUCUGAAAAAUCGAAAUAUGCUCAUAGUCACCAAGCCAACCCAUCUUCUGAGUGCCCAUUUCCCUCGUGGAAGCCACUUCGGCCCACACAACCAAUUUCAUCCGCAGCCUUAAUUGGACAGCUCUCACCUCUCACCCCAAACUAAUAGCAGUCGGUCACCAUAACCGGACGCUUCACAUGCCCAUUCCACUCUCCGUCUCUGUUCCUCCUUUCAAAGAAAUACAGUUUUCUCAUCAUCAGCGGGAAGCAGGGGAUCAGGGGAGAUCUUAAUCCUCAUUAGUUUAGGAAAAACCCCACCGCUUAAUCCCUCUCUUAAAUAGCUCUGUCUCCAACCCGCGCGGUUUAAACAGAGUCACAACACCACUGUUCCCUCCCCAUUUCACCCGCCGCCCUCUCCGUUCCCCUGUUCCUUCCCUCUCUCUCUCUCUCUCUCUCUCUCUCUCUCAGACCUUCUUCGGUUCUUCCCACAUAUAAGUACCCAAAAACAGCAAUCCCUCAGAGAGGAAAGCAACAAAUUUCUCCUCCGAAAGAAACAACUUCCGAAAACCAUGUCCGACCCCUCUUCUUCUUCUUCCACGCCCUCCUCCUCCAUCCGUCUGCACUCGAAGCUCCGGUUCUUCGCCCUCGUCCGCCGCUUCUUGCGAUCCAAGGCUUCCCAAAAUGGGAAAUCCAGACCUUUUGAUCAUAAAUCGGCCGUGAAGAGUACGGACUUAGGAGCUGAUCCGGGGAAAGGGUCGACGGAAGUGGGGGGAUUUGAAGCAAUUGAUGAUUGCUUGGAUUUGCAGAGGUCGGUGAAGAAGCUUCACUUCGGGAGCUGGGAAGAGAAGGAAGCCGCUGCGGUGGAUAUUGGGAGGUUGGCUAGUAAGGAGGAUGUCAAGACGAGGAAAUCGAUCGCCGAGCUUGGAGUUAUUCCGGUGCUGGUAGAGAUGCUGGGUUCCGGAGCUGUUUCCCGCCGGCGAGCGGCGGUGACGGCUUUGAUCGAGCUGGCCAACGGCACUUACACGAACAAGGCUCUAAUGCUAGAAGCAGGGAUCCUGUCAAAAUUCCCCGCACCGGAACAGCAAGAAUCAACCCUUCUUCUCAACGAAUUCGCCGAACUAAUCCUUUCACUAUCUUCCUUACCAAAUCCCCAGUUCCAAUUUUCCCUAACAAGAAUCCUCCCGUUCAUCACGAAAACCCUAGAAUCACCAACUUCCACCGCCGCCGCCGCCGCUGCCAAGCAAUCCUGCUUAUCAGCUCUGUUCAACCUCUCCGCUGCUCUUGAAACGGCGUCGCUCCUAGCCUCAAACGGCGCCGUUUCCGCCCUCCUCGCGCUAAUUUCGACAAAGCCCUUCGCCGAGAAGGCGCUGGCGACGCUGGGGCAAAUGGUGGUGACGGCGAGCGGGAAGAGGGCGAUGGAGGACAGCUCAGCGGUGCCGGAAGGGCUAAUCGAGGUGCUGACGUGGGACGACAGGCCCAAGUGUCAGGAGCUAUCGGCCUACGUGCUGAUGAUCCUGGCGUACCAGAGCUCGGCCCAAAGGGAUAAAAUGGCCCAGUGCGGGAUCGUGGCGGCCCUUCUCGAGCUGGCCCUUUUGGGGACCCCGCUGGCCCAGAAGCGGGCCUUGAAGCUUCUGCAGUGGUUUAAGGACGAGAGGGAGGCGAAGAUGGGCCCGCAUUCUGGGCCGCAGAUGGGGAGGAGGCUGGCGAUUGGGUCGCCGAUUAACCCGAGGGAGGCCCAGGAAGGGAGGAGGCUGAUCAAGGAUUUGGUGCAGCAGAGUUUGAACAAGAAUAUGGAGAUGAUUACGAGGAGAGCGAAUAACGUUGGGGGUGGUUCUUCGAAGCUCAAGAACUUGGUUGUUAGCACGAGUUCUAAGAGCUUGCCUUACUGAGCGGAAACGACGCCGUUCCAUUUGUAAAGUAAUCAGGAGAAGAAGAGAAGACACUUCUCUUUUUUUCUUUUCUGUGGUAGUGCAUUGGAUGCUACAUUUGGCUUUUGUAGCUAGAGUUGGAUUUUGAAUUGUUUCAGGCUCCCCAUGCAGAGAGGAGGAAACUUUCCGGGAAAAAGAAAAAAAAAAAGGGGCAAAGAAUCAAUGGUGUAAAUGGAUUACUAUUUAUUGUUUUUCGUUUCGAGUAUUUAAUAAUUUUAUUCUCGCAAUAUAGAGAGCUACGAGUCGUAAUGAAAAAGUUUUGUUUGGAAACUGAAAUUUGGAGUUGUUUCAUUUUCAUUCAUCCCUUGGCAUUGUAUUUGGAGAAAGAAGGCUUAAAGUAAGAGCAAAUAUGUUGCAAAAUGAAAAAGAUAAGAUUUG